AUGGAGUUUGGGAGUGUGGUGCAGUUCUUGGAGGACAGGGCGGUUCUGAUCACCGGUGCAACUGGGUUCCUUGCUAAGAUUUUCCUGGAGAAAGUACUGAGAGAGCAGCCAAAUGUUAAGAGGAUGUACCUUCUCCUCAGAGCUGCUGAUGCCAAGGCUGCUUCCCAAAGAUUUCACAGUGAGAUUGUAGGGAAGGAACUGUUCCGGGUAGUGAAGGAGAAGUUUGGCGAAAAUUUGAGUACAAUAUUGUCAGACAAGAUAGUUCUGGUACCUGGCGACAUCUCUGUGGACGAAGGGCUUGGCGUCUCCUCAUUAGAACUCAAACAACAAAUGUGGAAUGAGGUCGACAUUAUUGUAAAUCUAGCUGCAUCUACCAACUUUGAUGAAAGGUACGACAUUGCAAUGGGGCUGAACACGAUGGGCGCGAAGCACGUCGUCAGCUUCGGUCACAACUGUCCGAAUCUCAAAGCUCUCGUCCACGUCUCGACCGCUUAUGUCGCGGGGGAGAGGUCGGGGUUGAUAUUGGAGAGCCCUUAUCGAAUGGGGGAUACCCUAAACGGGGCAACCGGACUGGACAUUCAGGAAGAGAGGAAACUGAUUGCCCUAAAGAUGAACGAACUGCAAGCAGAAGGAGCCUCACAGGACGCCAUUAAAAGGGCCAUGGUCGACCUUGGCCUCAAAAGGGCAAAAACCUACGGAUGGCCAAACACAUACGUGUUCACCAAGGCAAUGGGGGAGAUGCUGGUUGGAGAAUUCAAAGGCAGCAACAUGUCCGUCGUCAUCGUACGUCCCACCAUCGUCACCAGCACUUUCAAACAGCCUUUCCCUGGCUGGGUUGAAGGCAUCAGAACAAUCGACAGCUUGGCUGUUGGCUAUGGCAAAGGACGCCUCACUUGCUUCCUUGGAGACGUUGCAGGCAUUCUCGACGUGAUACCAGCAGAUAUGGUGGUGAAUUCGAUGCUGAUGGCCAUCGUGGCCCACUCGAACCAGCCUAGAUCCGAACCGGUCAUCUACCAAGUGGGUUCGUCGAUUCGCAACCCGAUGAAGCUUGGGGAUCUCAAGGAAUAUGGGUUCGGGUAUUUCUCUCAGAAGCCGUGGGUCGAUAAGGAAGGCAACGUGGUCAGGGUUCGUAAGGUCAGAGUUCUUGGUAGCAUGGACAGCUUCCGCCGUUACAUGGCCUUCCGUUACUUGCUCGUCUUGAAGGGGCUGGAGCUGGCGAACACGGCCUUCUGCCACUUCUUCGACGGAGUCUACAGCGAUCUCAACCGUAGGAUCAAGUUCGUGAUGCGGCUGGUGGAGCUCUACCAGCCGUACCUAUUCUUCAAUGGAGUGUUUGACGACAUCAACACGGAGAAGCUGAGGAUGGCGGCGAAGGACAAUGGAGUGGAGACGGACAAGUUCUACUUCGACCCGGCCGAGGUUGAUUGGGAGGAUUACUUCGUCAACAUUCACAUUCCUGGGCUGGUGAAAUAUGUUGUCAAAUAA